CAGAGGCGCCGCUGAUUGGGCGGAUUAAUUCGCGUGCAUCUUGAAGCGGCUUGUGCACGCGCUCUUGCCUCUCAUUCUCAGCGCGCGACAUAUGGGCACGCGAAUUUAAACCGCAACAAUAUCAAUACUGUCCAACGGUCAGAAUCCUCGCACAUAUUCACGUCCCGUCCAGAAAACUUCGUGGAAACUUCGCAGGCAUAAUUUUACGGAUUACGAAUUCUUCAUUUCAAGCACGGAAGACAGUAAUAAACAGUAAACACACUGUGUUUCAUAAAGGGAUUGCAAUGUUUCCGACCAAGGCGAUAAUCUUGGUGCUUCUUUUCUUUGGCAGCGCAGUUUCUCUGCAGGUCGAUAUUACACCUGCACAGAGUGAGAUCAGUGUUGGAGAGUCUCGGUUCUUUUUGUGUGAAGUUAUUGGUGGGGCCAAGGAAAUCGACUGGUUCGCUCCAACUGGGGAGAAAAUCGAGCCUGGCAAACAAGACGUCAGCGUGAUUCGCAACGACGAGACGUCUUCCACUCUCACCAUCUACAACGCAAAGGUUGACAACGCUGGGACGUAUAGAUGUGUGGCCAGCAAUGGUGAUCAGGACGCUGAAGCUACAGUCAAUCUGAAGAUAUACCAAAAAAUCACCUUCACAAAUGUCCCAUCACCUCAAGAGUUCAAUGAGAAGGACGAUGCCAUUAUUGUGUGUGACGUCAUUAGCUCACCCCCACCCACUGUCCUCUGGAAAUACAAAGGUGCAAAGAUCCAGUUUGAAAAAGAUGUCCGUUUCAGGAUUUUGAAUAACAACCAUCUCAGAAUCCAAGGGAUCAUGAAGACAGACGAGGGGGUGUACACUUGUGAGGGCCGCAUUAAAGCCCGUGGAGAGGUUGACUUCCGCAGCAUUAAAGUGAUCGUUAAUGUCUUGCCCACUAUAAGAAUCCGUCAAGCAGAAACGAAUGCCACCGCUGACAUGGGCCUCUCAACCCUGCUGGCCUGUGAUGGUGACGGAUUUCCUGACCCGAUGGUGACCUGGAUGCGGAACAACAUUCAACUGGAGAGUGGGGAUAAAUACAGCUUCAAUGAAGAUGGCUCAGAGAUGACAAUACUAGAUGUGACAAAGCUGGACGAGGGAGAUUACACAUGCAUUGCUAUGAACAAAGCUGGGGAGAGCAAACACGAACUUAGCCUUAAAGUCUUUGUGCAACCCAAAAUCACAUAUUUGGAAAGCCAGCCUGCCACAGAAAUGGAACGGGUCACAUUAACAUGCGAGGCCACCGGAGACCCCACGCCCACCAUUACCUGGAGCUUCGGCACCCGGGUCUUCACAGAGGGAGAGCAGGAGCACCAAAAGAGGAUUUAUCAGGCCUCUUGGACUCGGCCCGAACAGCACAAGAGUCCUGAUGGUGACGUGUUGGUUCGCAGUGACGCCCGCGUGUCUUCUCUCACCCUGAAGUACGCUCAGUACACCGACGCCGGCGAGUAUCUCUGCACUGCUCGCAACGCCAUCGGAGAGACCUCGCAGCUUGUGAAUCUGGAAGUGCGCUAUGCCCCGAAAAUCCUGGGAUCAGUAACGGUGUACACGUGGGAGGGCAACCCGGCCAAUAUCAGCUGUGAAGUGCUGGCUCACCCCAACAAUGUGUCUAUUACGUGGCUGCGAGACGGCCUCCAGCUGCCUAAUCUUAACACCUCCAAUAUCAAGAUUUACAACACGCCUUCUGCAAGCUACCUGGAGGUCAAUCCAGAGUCUCAGAGCGACUUUGGCCCCUACAACUGUACUGCCUCCAAUGAGAUCGGAACCGAAUACAGAGAGUUCAUCAUGAUCCCAGCUGAUGUGCCCUCGGCGCCGGCCAUCACUCAAGUGCAACCGUACUCCAGCACGGCUCAGGUGCUUUUCGAAGAGCCAGAGUCCACUGGAGGAGUUCCUGUGCUCAAGUACCAAGCUGAGUGGAGAGCGGUGGGCCGAGGGAAAUGGGUGCAGCGAGUCUAUGAGGUGAAAGACGCAGGACUGAGUUCAGUCAAAGUCACCGGGCUUAAACCCGAAACCGAAUACGAAGUCAAGAUGUCUGCCAUCAACGGCAAGGGCGAAGGCGACAGCAGCCCGUCAGUGGUCUUCAAAACCGAGCAUGUCCGAGAACCCAGCCCUCCUAUACUCGAAGGAACUCUACAUCCCAAAGGCAAUUCUCUCAAAGUGAAAUGGAUCAAACAAGAUGAUGGAGGGUCACCAAUCACCCAUUAUUUGGUCAGAUACAAAGCUAGGGAAGAUCCUGACUGGAAACCUGAGAUCCGUCUGCCCAGUGUGAGCGAGUACAUAAUGCUGACCGGUCUGGAAUGGGACACUGAGUAUGACGUGUUUGUGGUGGCAGAGAACCAGCAGGGCAAGUCCAAGCCCGGCACCCUGACCUUCAGAACCUCAUCGGAGCCCGCAGCUACCACAGACUCCAUGGAAGAUGGGACAGGCUUGAACACUGGAGUAAUUGUUGGUAUUCUUAUACUGGUGUGUGUGCUGCUCUUGCUGAUCGUGGACGCCACCUGCUGCUUUGUCAACAAGUGUGGCAUCCUCAUGUGCAUCUGCGGUAAACCCGGGCAAGGCACCAAGGGCAAAGACAUAGAGACGGGCAAAGCUGCCUUUGUUCAAGAUGUGUCUAAAGAACCCAUUGUAGAAGUGAGGACAGAGGAAGAGGCCACAGCUAAUCAUGACGCAGAAGGACAUCCUGAGCCCAAUGAGACCACCCCACUGACCGAACCAGAGCAAGUGACGGAAACUGCCGCCGCAGUGGUGGACUUGCCUCUUUCUGUGCCCACUAACUCAGACACAGUCACUGACACCUUUGACCUCAGCCAGAGCAGCCCAGUUAGCGAGAGCACCACUCUCACCUCCAGCAUCACAGCACCUCCUUCUGACCCUCCUAACCUUGUCCAUAUGACACCCCCCGACAGCAGCACACCCAAAACUCACACCAAACCCUCCAUCUCAUCUCCCUCGUCUUGCGACCCGGCUAAUGUUACUCUCCUGGUAGACCUGGGUGAUGCCCUAGAAACACUAGCUGAGGUUCCUCCAGUGGUCCCGUCAGAAGUGGUCCCCUCUUCCAUUCCCAGCGUUGUCCAACCCGGUGCUAUAAACUCAAAAGUCACAGAAAAUGAAGUAGAGUCGCCCGAGUCUGUUCAGAGUGCAUCUCAUGCCACUUUAAAUCCCAUCAGCCCACAGGGCAGUGUCGCUAUCCCCUUAGUGAAUCAUGAACUUGAGAUUGAUGGAGAACUCCCACUGGCUUCAGACACAGACAUCCCGCAGGAUGGGUCACAUGCUGUGGGGACAGCUGGCUCCAGUGGCCCAUCUGCUCCAGCACAGGACGAGAAAAUUCUGGAUGAUGAGAGGAGUACGACUGAAAACGCAGAGCUGAAGAAAGUUGCGCCCGGCACGGGAGCAGAACCCAACGCCCUCUCGCAAACAAACAACACUGAAAGUAAAGCAUGAAGACGAAUGGAGGAGCAAAAGCGUCGUGGUGACCAUGAGCGUGUUUGUUUAACAGUGCCCUUAAUGAAUUUCUGAACAAAACGGUGUAUAUUCUACAGACAGAAUUCAUGUAUGCAUUUCCUUUUAGUUUUUGUUGAUUUGAGUAGGCUACACUUUCAGAAAUUUCUGUUUGAGGAGUUAAACGGACAUCAAAUUCAUAUAAUUCAAAGAUGUUCUUUCUUUUGUUCCUUUGUACGUUUACAUCAAAAGGAUGAUUAUUACAACAGGGCAUCAAGUUAUUCAGGAGAAUUAUCUAUUCAGUAAUACAUGAACGUUUUAUUUGCAUAGUACAUUGUUAAAAUGUAAAUGAAUUCUCUUAUUUUUUUAUCUUGAGUGUUUGAGGGCUAGGUUUGAUUCGUUGUUAGUUUUGUAUUUUAUUACCAUUAUGUUUUAUUUACACUUAACUAUUUUGGAUGCCUCUUGGAUGAUGAUAAUGGGAUAAUGGCAGUUAUGUAAAGACAAAAAAAAUAUCUUUUAAAAGAUAUUUUAACAUGUACUGUUAUAUGACCGAAUGUCUGAUAAAGAUUUCAAAUGAUCCAUUUGAUUCUCUGCUGAAGUCUUUAUUAGAUCAGUUUUUACAGUUAUCGUGUGUUUCUAAUAUUUGGGAUUUAUACAUUAAAUCAUUCUUCCAACUUGCUCCUAAAGCAUCAACUUAAACUAAAUAUCUGAUGAUUUUUAUACCGUUUACCUCUGGAGAGAUGUUUCACACUGUCACCUGCAAGCUUGUGCACUGUGAUUGUGUUAUCGAGAUGGAUUUUUGUUGUUGUCUUUUUUGUUUAUUCAAGAAAUUUGCAUAGCUUUGCAGUAACCACUGAUUGUCCUUUUAUAACAUGACCUAUGUUAACAGUCCUGUAUGAAUUGGGACUGAUGGGACACACAUGUGACUCUGACAAGAGUUCUUAUGCCAUCACUCAUUGCAUGAUCUGCUUGCCCAUCUCUGGCCUGAAUUGUGUGACCUCACUUGAGCCAGUUCAUGGCAGUCUGGUGGAGAAAUGGUGUCUGUUCUGGGUGUUUUCAUGAUUUCUAUGCUUUCUAAGUUUUGGGGAGAAUGGAAGAUACUUUUGUUUGCCCACUGUACACAAGUUGUUCACUGCCAGUUUGCCCCAAAACUAUAAAUCGUUCCAUGUAUAGCUUAUGGGGAUUUGACCCAUGAAAUAGCAGUAUGGGUGAGCUUUACAAUGAUAAGCAAAGAACAUGUUGUAAAUUGUGUUGUUCUAACACAUUUUGAUUAAACUCAUUAAAACAUUAAAGAUUCUCUUAA